AAUGGACACGCAUCGAUCAAUAAGAAAAAGUGAAUCUGGCAUCAAUUCCGACAUUUCAGGCCAGCCAUACUGCGUCUCGGUGUUAAAAGAAGGCUACUGCACAGCUGAACCAGACGGAGCGUUUAGAGCUGAUGGUACCAUUUCUUUAAUUACCGGACCACAAACUAUCCUAGUGGACACCGGGGGGCCGUGGGACCGAGACUUUCUCGUCGCAAAACUUAAAGAGAAGGGUCUGACAACAGAUAAUGUUGCUACAGUAGUCGGAACCCACGGUCACUCGGACCACGUGGGAAACUUGGGCUUGUUUCCAAACGCCAAAAUAAUCGUAGGAUGUGACAUAAGCGUGGGGGAUAGAUAUCUGCCAAACCAGCUGGCUGAGGGACAGCCGUACCCUAUUGACGAUUAUGUAUCCGUCAUUCCCACGCCUGGCCACAUGGGUAGAGAUGUCAGUGUCCUGGUGAAGGGGACAUCGGAGGGGACGGUCCUUGUUGCUGGAGACUUGUUUGAACGUUGCCAUGAUGAAGAUUCAUGGAAGGAGCUGAGCGAGAAUCCUCAAACACAGGAGAUCAACCGACAGAUGGCGCUGCAGCUGGCCGAUGUGAUCGUUCCCGGACACGGGCCAUUGUUCAGAGUGCACAGGGAAUGAUGACAUUGACGUAAUCCUGGAGUUAGAGAGCAAUUAUGAAACCUUGACCACAAAGAACACAAUUUAUAACACCAGUGUGACGCAGGGGUUUAAAAUGGGACCUUGGAACAGACUCAAACCAAUGUUCACCUACUGUAGGUGUGAAAUGAGGUUCUUUAUCAAUGUUUAUCAUGGCUUUAUACUUCAAAUUUAGAUUUUUAAUUUGCCCGUAUUGACUGCUCAAGGCAGUGACACACUUUCUCGAGUUAUUUUUAGGCUUUAUCUUGUUUUUAGAUCAUGUGACAAAAGGCUGUGGAAGAUUAAAUUGAGGUCAGAUGUUGUAACUCAAAUGAUGUUAAGGAUGAGACUCUGAGAAAAAAAUAUAUAUAUGGAAGGACAUUUUAUGUGUGUCAGCUUAAUUCUUUGUAUAGGGUUAAUACAAAAUGUAAAAUCAUUGCUUUGUACUAAAGCUGUUUGCUGUAGCCUGUCAAAAUAUAUGCUUUGUGAUUAUUUUAUGUCAAUAUAAAUAUGAAUUACAGCAUUUUACUAUGUUUGCAUGUGUUUUUGUUCUCAUCCUCAGCCCAAUCCUUCUUUAGGACCUGCAGCAUCAUCUUAAGAAAUGAAUUCUUAUUCAUGUAGUAUUUAAGCACUGUAUAUUUACUGUACUUGAGUGCUUUCAAAAAUAAUGGAUGUAAAUUGCUUUUAAAUGCUAUAGAAAGUAGUGACUCGCUGAGCUAUUGUACAACAUUUUACAAUUUUGUGUGACGACAUGCUUUAAGUUCAGGUAAAGUUCAUUAAUAUCAAAAAUUAUUCACAGUGGUUAACCAAAGAAAAUGCAUUCAGUGAAGUCAUUAUUGCUGGCUUAUGUUGAUGAGGUAAUUG